GAGAGCAUGAGUGAGCAGGAGAGGGAGACGGAGGAGGAUGAGGGAGGGGGCCCGUCCGACACGGCACCCAUGCUGCCCCGAAGGCGCCGGGACCACAGGGCGGGACCCUCAGCCCUGCUGCUGCCCGGCCGGGUGCUGGCCGGGCUCCUGCUGCACCUGCUGCUGCCCGGCACCGUGUUCCUGCUGGUGCUGAUGCCAGCGGCCGCCAUCAUCUACCUGGGAUUCCUGUGCCACUCCAGGGUCCACCCGGCGCCCAGCCCCACGUGCCGCGCGCUGCUCACGGACCGCGCCUCUGCGACGCUCAUCGUGCUGGGCUUUCUCUCGCUGCCGCUGCUGCUGGUGCUCGCCUCGGCCGCCCGCGCCCGCUUGGCCCGGUGCCUCCGCCCGCUGCUGCCGCCGCCCCCCAUUUGGACCCGUGGACCCGGCCGCCAUCCAGUGUCCAGCGACGGGGAGCGGGAGGAACGCCACCCCGAAGGGGAGGAGCAGCUCUGCGCCUGGGUGUGACCCCAGAGGCCCAAAGGACCCGAGACCUCCAAAUCCCGGGAG